GCUAGUCAACGUCCUCUCCCCUCCCCAGCCCAAUUUUUCCUCUUGCUACCCAUCCCACACUGUAGCCGUAAGACAGUGGAGUUGAAUCUGUAGAAUGGCAGAGGCUAUUAAGCCCCAUGCAGUUUGUAUAGCAUAUCCACAUCAAAGCCACAUCAAAGCCACAAUGAAUCUAGCAAAACUCCUCCACCACAGGGGCUUCUUCAUUACUUUUGUUAACACAGAUUUCAACCACAAACGGUUGCUCAGAUCUAAAGGUCCAAGUUUUCUGGAGUGCUUGCCGGACUUCCGUUUCGAAACUAUCCCAGAUGGCCUGUCUCCUUCUGAUUCAGAUUCCAGCCAAGACGCUAGUGCCCUUUGUGAAUCCAUUAUGCACAACUUUCUUGCUCCCUUCAGGAACCUCCUUGUGAAACUCAACGAGAAUCCCUCCACUGAAAAUCCUCCAGUGACUUGCAUAGUCGCUGAUGGUUUAAUGUUUUUCACUUUUGCUGCAGCUGAAGAAUUUGGCAUUCCUGUUGCUGCUAUCUUCACCCUGGCAGCUUGUGGAGUAAUGGGCUAUUACAAGUUUUGUUCUCUCUUUGAAAAUGGUCUAGCACCACUGAAAGAUGUGCGCUACUUAAAAAAUGGUUACUUGGAAAACACUAGCAUACAAUGGAUUGCAGAAAAGAGUAUUCGUCUGAAAGAUCUUCCAAGCCGUCUCCGAACAGCAGAUCCUAAUGAUGUCCUGUUUCACUUUCUGAUGGAAUCAGCUCAGGAUGCUUCAAAAGCUUCGGUAGUAAUUAUCCACACUUUUGAUGCCUUGGAGAAAGAGAUAUUAGAAUUUCUAUCUUCCAAGUAUCCACUUGUUCAUGCUAUUGGACCCCUUAGCUUGCUCCUGAAUAAGAUUCCUAAAGAAAACCCCUUAAACUCUCUUGAUUGUAACAUGUGGAAAGAAGAAGCAGAGUGUCUUCAGUGGCUCAACCGCCAGAAGCAUAGUUCUGUUCUUUAUGUAAAUUUUGGUAGUGUCAUAGCCCUUACGCCAGAGCAGCUGGGAGAGUUCUGUUGGGGUAUAGUUAAUAGCAAACAUCCAUUCCUGUGGAUUAUAAGGCCUGAUCUGGUUGAUGGGAAAUCAUCAGCUUUGCCAGAUGAAAUUUUGGCAGAAACUAAAGAUAAAGGCUUUCUAGCUGGCUGGUGCCCACAAGAGAAAGUGCUCAAUCAUCCUUCAGUAGGGGGAUUUUUGACACACAGUGGCUGGAAUUCGACAAUUGAGAGCUUAUCAUCUGGAGUGCCAAUGAUCUGUUGGCCAGUUAAUGCAGAUCAACAGAUUAACUGCAGGUAUGCCUGCUCAGAGUGGGAAGUUGGCCUCGAAAUAGAGCAAGAAGUUAAAAGGGAUGAAGUCGAGAGAGUUGUAAGGGAGUUGAUGGAUGGUGAGCAAGGAAAAACACUGAGAAAUAAGGCAAAAUAUUGGAAGAAAGUUGCAGAAGAAGCCACCAGUGAAUAUGGAUCAUCAUCACUAAGCAUGGAUCAAUUAGUAAAAAUACUAUCCGCAUCAAGAAAUUAAAUUGUUUACUAGCUAUUUGUAAUGAAGUGGAACUUUAGCUGCAUGAAGAAGUCUAUAUAUUAUCAAAUUUAGAACAAAGACUUGAUCUAUGAUCACAAGUAGUAAUAAAAUAAUGGACAAUGCUUCAAUGUGGAUAGUUAUGGUAAUAAUAUUGGGGCAACCUUCUACUAUUGUAGGUUUCUAUUAACAUUAGCGACAUAUUAGGUUUUUU